AUGUCUUCCGACUCCAUUUCGACGAAGCGGUUGAAGAGCGCUGAGGAGAGCGUUGGACAUCCAGAGGAAGCCCUCACGUAUGACGAACAGCAUCAGCAUGUCCCAGCCAAGUAUAUGGGCACGUCUCGAGAUCGAGAUGAUAUGUGCCAGCUGGGAAAGACACAAGUCUUGAGAAGAAACUUCCGUUUCGUCUCUAUUCUUGGAUUCGCAUGUACACUGAUUGCAACUUGGGAGGUGGUGUUGAGUCUUCUCGGAUUUGCUUUACUUGACGGAGGCACAGCUGGCCUCAUUUGGGGCUUUCUGGCUGUCUCAUGCGGCUUCUCUCUGGUAUUCGCCAGUCUUGCAGAGAUAGCUUCAAUGUCCCCUACGGCUGGUGGUCAGUAUCACUGGGUUUCCGAGUUCGCCCCACCGAGCUGCCAAAAAUAUCUUAGCUAUAUCACAGGUUGGCUAUGCUCGACCGGAUGGCAGUGCGCCAUCGUUACAAUUGCAUUUUUAGCCGGAACGAUUAUCCAGGGUCUGUUGGUAUUAAAUCUACCGGAGUACGUUCCCCAGCGCUGGCACGGCACGAUGCUGGUCAUUGCCAUCUCAGCAUUUUCGAUCAUAUUCAACACCUUCCUAGCGAAGAAGCUCCCCUUGGUAGAGGCUCUUCUUCUCUUGCUUCACAUAAUCGAUAUAAUUGCAAUCAUUGUACCACUCGUGGUACUUGCUCCCCGCAGCAGCGCCGAAGUUGUUUUCACGAAAUUCAACAACGGCGGAGGAUGGAGUACUGCAGGGGUCGCGGUCAUGGUUGGGCUGCCCCCAGCCAUUGCGUCGAUGAUAGGCUACGACUGUGCAGUGCACAUGGCCGAGGAAAUCAAAGAUGCAUCGAAAACACUUCCUCAAGCCAUGAUGAGUGCUGUGGGAGUCAAUUUCAUUCUAGGCCUGGCUGUUAUUCUCACUAUAUGCUUUACUGUCGGAGAUAUUGACGCAGUCCUUGCAAGUCCAACAGGAAUCCCGUUUAUCCAGGUCUUCUUCAAUGCUACCCACAGUCAUGCAGCAACCAAUGCCAUGACGUCGAUCGUCGUCAUUACGCUCGUUGCAAGCACUAUCACCGAAGUGGCAACUGCUUCCAGACAGACUUGGUCAUUUGCCAGGGAUAGGGGAGUGCCAUUUGCUGAUUUUCUGUCCCACGUCAAUCCCUCAUGGAACAUUCCUCUUCACGCCGUGAUAGUCUCGCUGGUUGUGACUAUCCUCCUGGCACUAAUCAACGUUGGCUCAACUACCGCCCUAAAUGCCAUUACUUCUCUGACAGUCGCCUCCUUGAUGAGUGCGUAUCUGAUUUCCAUCGGGUGCAUUUUGCUCAAACGCAUCCGCGGUGAAGCACUCCCUUCCCGGCGCUGGUCUCUUGGCAAAUAUGGAGGGUUCAUCAACGCUGCAGCGAUGUUGUUCCUCCUCCCGCUGUUUGUAUUCUCUUUCUUCCCAUUGACCAAGGAAGUAAACGCCACGACGAUGAACUGGAGCUCGCUCAUCUACGUGUCAGUCAUCUUGUUUGCGACCGUCUACUACUUCGCCUAUGGCAAGAAGUCAUAUGUUCCUCCAAGCUCCCUUGUGAGGAGGCCUUUCAAGCCCUGA